AUGUUCAAGGCGAAGAAGUUGUUACUCAAGUACGCCAAUGUUUUCUCGUCAAACGAAGCUGACAUUGGAAAGACUGGCUUAGUUCAACACAAAAUAAACACAGGACAAGAAUUGCCUAUUCGUCAGCGGCCAAGAAGAUUGCCUGUAGCACGUGAAAAGGAAGUGGAAACCAUGAUUGAGGGAAUGGUGAAGGAUGGUGUUAUUGAACCUUCAUCUAGUCCAUGUUGUUCACCUGUGGUGCUGGUAAAGAAGAAGGACGGCAGCAUGCGGUUUUGUGUUGACUACCGCCGCCUGAACGACGUUACAAAGAAGGACAGCUAUCCCUUGCCAAGAAUUGAUGACACGCUGGACAUGCUUACAGGCGUAAAGUGGUUUAGUACGCUGGAUCUGAAGAGUGGCUACUGGCAGGUUGAAAUUGACCCUAAGGACAAGGAGAAAACUGCAUUCUCCACAGGAAAGGGUCUGUGGCAAUUUAAAGUCAUGCCGUUUGGAUUGUGCAAUGCUCCAGCAACGUUUGAAAGAUUGAUGGAGCUUGUACUUACCGGGCUAAUUGGAGAUGCCUGUCUCGUCUAUUUGGAUGACAUCAUCAUCGUAGGCCGUACGUUUGAGGAACACCUUCAAAACCUGGAACGAGUGCUCAUGAAGAUCCAGAGUGCCAACCUCAAGUUGAGUCCAAAGAAGUGCUCACUAUUCAAACGGCAAGUUAAUUUUUUGGGGUAUGUAGUGUCGGAAGAAGGUAUCCGCACGGAUCCAGAGAAAAUUGCCGCUGUCAAGGAGUGGCCGGUUCCAAAAGACAAGACGCAGGUUAGAGCAUUUUUGGGUUUGUGCUCUUAUUAUCGGCGAUUUGUGAAGAACUUUGCAGAUAUAGCCAAACCUCUCCACAAGCUAACCGAGGAGAAGCGACAUUUCUGCUGGGAUGAAAGUUGCGAUAUUGCAUUCCAGGAGCUCAAGAACCGUCUGUGCAAAACGCCUAUUUUGGGGUACCCUGAUGCGGGCAAGGAAUUCAUAGUUGACACAGACGCAAGUGAUAUAGGACUUGGCGGUGUGUUGUCUCAACGGAAUGGUGAUCAAGAGAUUGUGAUAGCGUACUUCAGCAAAUCGUUGUCAAAGCCGGAAAGGAACUAUUGUGUCACAAGACGGGAGUUGCUUGCUGUGGUAAAGUCCUUGCAGCAUUUUAGCAAAUAUCUCCUGGGGCGGAAAUUCCACUUACGAACUGACCAUGCUGCACUGAAAUGGCUAUUGCAGUUCAAAAAUCCGGAAGGACAAGUUGCGAGAUGGAUUGAACUACUACAGGAAUACGACUUUGUGAUCGAAAAUCGCAGCGGGAAAUCUCAUGGCAAUGCAGAUGCAUUGUCAAGAAGACCUUGCCCUGAAGAUUGCAAGCAUUGUACUAGGCAAGAGGGUAAGGAAGUGGUAUCUGUGAGGAUGCUCAGGACAGACCAGCUCAGCAAUGAGUGGAAGGACAGCCUACAACAUGCACAGCAGGAAGAUUCGGAUAUUAAGCCGAUUCUGGAAUGGAUGAAGGCCAGUGCUCCUAAGCCCAAGUGGAGCGACGUCUCAGCAAUGAGUUCGACCACGAAAAGCUAUUGGGCCCAAUGGGACAGCUUGCUGAUUCAGGAUGGAGUCCUGUGCCGUAAAUGA